AUGUGCAGCAUUCUGGAAGAUGAAAUUCCACUGGCAAAAGAGAGGAUCAGUCUUGAUAGAAAAUGCAUGAAGUGCAAAGAGGAGCCAGCCAUUCUUAUAACAAGGGUGAAUGAUGCUUUCUGCAGAGGAUGUUUCCAAGUAUAUGUGACCCACAAGUUCCGUGCCGCUAUUGGGAAGACCAAACUGGUGCGGGAUGGAGAGAAGGUGUUAGUGGGGAUAUCUGGCGGGCCCUCCUCCUGCGCCCUUCUGCAUCUGAUACAGGAGGGAUUAAGUCAGCGAGCUCACAAGAAACUAAGGUUCAAGCCUGGACUCUUAUUUAUUGAAGAGGGCCAGGUGGUUGGACAGAGUCUGGAGGAGCGUAAGGUCACUCUGACCCGGAUACACUCCCUGCUACGCCAGUCAGGGUUCCCAUAUCACUUGUGCAAGCUAGCGGAUUCUCUGGACUUGGAACGGGUUAAGACCCUGAGUGCCUGUCAAAGCAACCAUGCAGCAGUAAAUAAAAUGAACCAAUCUGCAAUGGACAUAAAUACUGCAGCAGUAAAUAAAAUGAACCAAUCUGCAAAGGACAUAAAUACUUCAGCAGGAAAUAAAAUGAACCAAUCUGCCAUGGACAUGAAUACAUGCAUAAAUCCUGUAGAGGGGGACAAAGGAGAAGUUGAGAAAUCAGGACAUGGUGAAAACUGCUGUGAUUUGUUAGAGAUGAACAGAGAGGCAGAGAAGCUUUUUGCUGCACAGCUUGGAUCUAUCAAGUCCAUAUCUGGCAAGGAGGACUUUGUAAGAGCCUUGAGGCACAGACUUCUACUGGAGUUUGCUAGGCAACACGGCUACUCCAAGGUCAUGUUGGGUAACACAGGCUCCCAGCUGGCUGUACGUCUGCUCACUGACAUCUCCACUGGCAGAGGAAUGCAGGCAGCCAUGGAAACGGCCUUUGCUGACAGACGAAACACAGACAUGAUGUUCUUAAGACCACUGCGGGAUUUCAGCUCCAAGGAGAUUGCAAUGUACAAUAACCUCCACAGAUUGGAGUGUGUAUUCAUACCCUCUCUAACAACUAUGGGAGACGUUGGUGCCAGUAUUGAGCAUCUGACAGAGGCGUUUGUAACAGGACUGCAGGCUGAAUACCCAUCCACUGUCAGCAACAUCAUGAGAACUGGAGAAAAGCUGGACUCAUCUAGUGCUGUGGAUAUAGAAAGUCACUGUGCACUAUGUCAGGGACCUCUGGACACAGAUGUUGGAAUGUCUUCUGCACUGGCUGCCCUUCGAUUCUCACUAGAAAUCUCUACAAUGGGUAAAUCCAAUGGCAAACGGUGUAUCAAGGGGGACAACUCUGUGAAUAAUACAAAUGAUGAACUUUGUAGUAACGGGGUUAACUAUGAUGCCAAAGUGGAAUGUUGUGGAGAGAGUGAUGGGAGUUGUCGUUCCUCAACUCAACUUUCAGUGCCGGACGAGGGAUUGGUGUUACAGACUCUGUGCUAUGGAUGCAGAAUAGUUGCCAUGGAAAUGGAUGAUGUAAACUCCCUGCCUGAAUUUGUGAUGAAAGAUGUUGCCUGGAGAAACAGACGGUCUGUUAUGAAGGCUGAGAUUCAAGACUUCCUACUGGAUGACAGAUAACAAGAACUUUUUAAAGAAUUAUAUUUUAUAACUACAUUAAUACCGUUAUACUAUUAAAUUACAAAGGUGCAGGGAAAUAUAUGAAAAAUAAGAACUUUAAAAAACACACUUUACCUAGCUUCUCCUCAUGGCAUGUGAGUUAUUAAAACGCAUGCCUGUUGGUCAUGAUUAUUAUUAGCGGGGCUGUUUUCGGAGAAAACCCGAGGUAUUGUCAUAGCCUACUCGUCGUCCGCCGCCCGGCGUCGUGCUAAAAUCUUUACAUUGGCUCUAAAAUCAAAGUGCUUCCACCUACAACUUUGAAACUUCAUAUGUAGAUGUACUUGAUGAUUUCUACACGCCACACCCAUUUUGGGUCACUAGGUCAAAGGUCAAGGUCACUGUGACCUCUAAAAAAAUAAAUAAAAAUCUGACAAGCUUUCGCAGCUGAGCGUGGCCCCCAUUAUGCGGUGCUCUUGUUAUCAUUAUACUACAAAUAGAUCGGGAUUCUGUAAAAUUACUUAAGUAUGAAACUCUUAGUAAGUGUAAGUUCUUUUCCAUAAUGAAUUUUUAAAUUCAACUACAAACUGUCUGUAUUUAUAUUUUAAUCGCAAUGCAUGUAUUGUGAUAUUUUUAACAAUAAAACAUGUUUAAUAAAGUUCAUUGAAUGCA